AUGGCAGACCAGCCUGUGUCGGCUUCAAAUUGCCAGCCCGACAAGUGUGCAGGCUGUCCGUCCAAGGGGUCGUGUGGAUCAUCUACAGAAUCGCCUGAUAAUAGGGCUAUCGCUGAAAAGCUGAAGAACAUUGGAACAAUUAUCUUGGUCCUUUCCGGCAAGGGUGGAGUUGGCAAGUCCACUGUUUCCACACAAUUGGGCUUCUACUUGGCUGAGAACAUGGAGAAGAAUGUGGGUCUUAUGGAUGUGGAUAUCUGCGGGCCGUCGAUACCGACGAUGACGUCGUCUCAGGGAUCCGAAGUCCACCAGUCUGCACUUGGUUGGGAGCCGAUCAGCGUGCUGCCCAAUAUGGCAAUCAUAUCUAUUGGGUUUAUGCUCGAGAAGCUGGACGACCCUGUCAUACUGAGAGGUCCCAAGAAGCAUGGGAUCAUAAGCAACUUCUUAAAAGAUGUUCACUGGCAUUUUGACAGCGAGAAAAUUGAAGAUAAUUACCUCAUCAUAGAUACGCCACCGGGCACGUCUGACGAACACCUCUCUGUGAUCAACAUGCUUUCGGCGGCAAUGCGUGUGCUAAAUAAAGAGAAAGAGACUGACCCUAGUGUGCACACCCCCACGUUCUUUGCUGUGGUUGUUUCCACUCCCCAGGAAGUUGCUUUGGCCGACGUGCGUAAAGAGAUUAAUUUCUGUAAGCAGAUUAAGGUGGAUGUGAAGGGAGUGAUCGAGAAUAUGUCCGGUUUUGUGUGCCCAUGUUGCAAUAAAGAGACUCAGAUCUUCAACCCGUCCUCUGGUGGUGUAAAGCAGCUCUGUGCAGACUACAAAGUAAAGUUCUUGGGCAGAGUGCCACUGGAUCCCCAACUCACAAAGGCCAGUGAGAGUGGGCAAGCAUGGAAGAAAGCCGUUGAGGAGGGCACCGUUAGCAAGGGGAUGGAGAUGUUCUAUGAGGUGGUCAAGGGGAUUCUUUCUGAGUGA